UCGGUACAAGCUAUUGCGAGCAGCUGCAACAAAACACUUGGUAGGCCUCAGGAGAAACGACACUCUACUGUUGCAUCAAUAUUUGCAAACAUACAGACCUAAUUAACUGUUUCAAAUCGAUUUUGGAGGACAACGGCAAUCGUAAUUUGUUUUAUUUUUAACAGCCGUCUGGAGGAUAUGAAAAGAAGCUUGUGCGUAAUACCUGCGAACUAGCCCGCUAGCCAAAGUUAGCGGACAGGACUGUUGCUAGGGUUGGGAAACUUUUUAUACUGUAGUAAAAAAGCCAGUAAAACCGAAAGCAACACUAUUCCUGUCAAAUACACCCGUGACUGCAGAAAAAUUAUGAAAAUGUGAGAGAAACGUUUGUGACGGAUGAUAAUGGAUUUUGGAUUAUGCAGAAGAUCACGUGUAGUCAUUUCUUAUAUAAAGUGAUGAUUAGGUCAGAGACUGCCAUGGGCGGAGGCAAAUUCUGGAAACCACAAUCUAAACUUUGUUGCCAUAAAAACUCUUGGCUAAUUUGCAAGUGAUGCACGGACUCCAGUUGAGCUGUACUCGGCAAUGGAAAAAAGAGAGGAAAAGGAGCUGGACGAGCUCACCCUCCGGUUGCGGAGGGACGGUGUGUCCCCUGAGGCUUCAGCAGAGGAGCGUGAGCUGCACCUGUGGCGUUUGCUCCAGCGCAGUGAGGGCAGCCUGACCACAGCCACUGUAGACCUGCAAACUUUGCGCACACAGCAGGCCAGCGAGAUGAGAGAGGUGGAAAAUUACGUGGAGCAUAUUCGAAACAUGCUGGAGGAGCGGGAAUCUCUUACAGCGGAAUACGAACGUGACAACGAACAGCUCCGUGCUGAACUCGCUGUAAUGAAACACCAACAAGACUCCCAGUGUAAGGAGGUGGUGGAGAUGCUGGAGCAGGAGGGUCUAGCAGAGAUCAGCCAGAGCAGUGCCAGUGAGCAGGUGGCCUAUCUGCUGGUGGAGAGAGUCACUCUUCUGGAGAGACUGGAGGCUGCGGAAAGAAAGCUGGACACCCAGACCCUCACCGGCAACCUCAGAGAAGUGCAUCUACAGGAAGAGCUGGAUCACAUGCGUCACACAUUGGAAGGGGAUCUCAGGCAGCAAAAGGAAAACAUGAAUAAGGAAUCAUCAGUUCAAAGUCCUUGGAGGAAGUUCUUUGGUGUGCGCAAGGCUACACUAAGAGCACAGAACCUUCCUGCCCACAGUGAAGAACUCAGCAGAGAACGCACAGAGCGGCAGAGGCUGGAGAGGGAUCUGGAAGAGGCAUCAAGUCGUCUUGCUAUGGCACAUAAAGAGAUUCGCCACCUUACGGAUGAACUAGAUCUCGCUCGUAAGGUCCAAAGCAUGUGUGUACCUGACUUGCAGAAAACCGGCGAGGAAGUGGAGCAGUUAAAACAGGAAGUGGACAAGCUUAAACAGUGUGAUAUGGUGGAGCUGCAGAAGGCCAAGGAACGCAAUGAAAGACUGGAUAAUGAGAUUCGUGUGCUAAGGGAUAGAGUUCGUUCCUUGGACACAGAAAGGAGGACUCUUCUUAAACUGGUUGAACAAUCAAAGCUGCACUCGGAUCAAGGGAUCGGCGUAACAUUAGAACACAAUAAAAUACACUCUACACAGGGUGUUGGGAAUAAUGUCAAUCCUGAUGCAUCACUGGAUUUAGAGGAUGAGAUAAUCCACAAAAGGUGUCGGAGAGAGUCUGAAGAUAAGGACAGCCGUCUGCGAGAGCUAGAGAGGAGGUUGCAGAAGCAGCAGCGGGAACACGAGGAGCUGGUGGAGCGCAAUGAGGAGCUGGAGGCGCUGCUGGGGGAGGCACAAAAUGCAGCGAAAGAAGAGCGGGAACGUCAUGAGUGUGAGAUAGAGGGGUUACAGAGAAAGAUUAAAAGUAUCGAGGAAGAACUGAGUAAGAGGAAUAGUAAGAAACCUGAGAAGGAAGAUGAAGAUCAGGUUCGUGGGACUGACCCUGAGCUUAGCGAGAACAUUCUAGAAAGACUGAAGUUUCUUGAGGGACGUCUUGCUGAAGAAAAAGGUUGGAGGAAACAGCUGGAGGUGGAUCUGUCUGUAGCUAAGGCUGCUCUCAAAACGGAAAAAGAGGUCAUGCAAAGAGACCAUGAGGAACUGAAGAAAUUACGUGUAGAGGUCCAGAGACUAGAUGUGGAAUGUCGACAAGGGAAGACGCUUAACAAGAACCUAACACAGAUUAAAGGAGAAAAGGGAAUUUUGGAAGAGAAGGUGGCCCAGUUGGAGCGUGCUCAGACACGACUCCAGGACAACCUGACACUUCAGACAGAGAACAGCAGGGCUGAAGAGGACCUGAGAGACAGUAGGGGACAGGUGGCAGAGCUUAAUUCUAUGGUAAACAAGCUGAGAACAGAACUGACUCGACUGGAGAAAGAGCACAACACUUUAAGAGAUGAGCUGAUGGAGAAGCGUGGGCAUGUGAUGCAGCUGCAGAAAGAGCUCAGUGAGAAAGCCCAUGAGAGGCUUCAGACUGACGGCGAGAGGGAAAGACUCAGUCUGGAGCUCCUGAAUGUCCAACAGCAGCUCCAGUAUGCUAGAGAACAGAUACCCAAAGCAUCACAAGAGCACACGGCCAUCCACAAGCCUGUUGCAGAGGAUGAUGGGCUUUGUCAGCUGGCCUGUGUGAAGUCAGAAAUGAGUAAGCUACACUCCACUCUGGAGGAGGAGAGACAGCUGGCCGGCCAACACCAGCUGGCCCUGCAAGCCCAGAUCAGUGAAGCUCAGGCCCGGGCUAAGGCUCAAGACUCACUCCUACAACAGAAGGGAGAGGAGAACAAACAGCUGAGACAGGACCUUCAGAGAACCCAGCAUCUUUUCACUUCUGCGGAGCGAGAACUGCGCUAUGAGAGAGAGAAAAAUUUAGACCUUAAGAGACACAAUGCACUCCUAGACCAGGAAAAGAUUAAGCUGGGUGCGGAGCUGAAGCAGGCACAGGCCAAAGUAGCCCAGCUGGAGGGGAGCGCAGCAGGACAGGUGGCAGAGCUGGAGAGACUCCAGCAGAGGCUCAGAGAUCUGGAGCUGGAGGUGGCCAGAAGCACUCAGAACCGACAGACCAACAGCAGCUUGAUGGAGGAGCUUAAUUCAGAGAGAGCACGUGUGAUCGCUGCUGACAAGAAGGUUGUAGAGCUGCAGCAGCAACUGAAGAACACGCUGCACCAGCUGCGUCUGGAGGAGGCCAGAGCGGGAGAGACCAGCAAACUGGAGAGAGACACCAGAGACAUGUCUGAUAACCUGUCUGCCCUCAGAGCCCGACUGCAAGAGGAGCAACUACAGAGGAAAUUACUUGAGCAGAAAGAUGAGGAACUCCAGCAGCAGGUGCGCUCACUGCGGGCGAAAGAGGCGACUCUGACACGCACCAACUCGGAAAUGUCACGCCGCACACAAGAGCUGGAGAUGCGGCUGCAGGUGCUGGAGAGUGAACUUGACGCGGCUAAAGAAGAGCAGAGAAACAGUCAAAAGAGCUGCCACAAGCUAGAAGAGCAGCUGCUGUGUUCUCAGCAUGAGUCUGAAAGACUACAGGAGGAACUGAAGCUGGUCAUUCAGCAACUUGACACCAACAUCAGGAGAUACAACGAGAAACAGUCUCAGCACAAAACCAAGUUGCGCAGAGCUAAACAGAUCUUCAUGAAGACAGUCACCCAACAUGAGCACAGGAUCCAGCAGCUAGAGAACGAUCUGGCUCUUGCGACAAGUCUCUCAGAGAAAGAGAAGGACUGGAUUAGGACUGUGACAGAAGAAAACGACCAGCUGCUCCUAGAGAGACGAGAACUUCUGCAGCGAAUAAGCGAAGCUGAGGAGAUGGGAAAUAAUGGACUGAGAACCGCCACUACUAUCCAGCAGAGAGUUAAAUUCCUGGAGAUGGAGAAUAAACAGCUGCAAGAAAAAACUCUAACACUGGCCAAUCAGAUAGGAAUUUUAGAUCGCGCAUUGAGAAACCUUCAGUCGCUGUGUACUGUUGAGGAGGUCAAGAAAAUGUUUCCUUCUGGAGCUCAUCCCGAUGGCCAGCUGCGGACAUCAACUCCAAGUCCCCAGCCUGGACUCUGUGACUCAUGGGCAAUAUUGGAUGCCAUUCGCAAAGUCAAAGUGGGUGAGUCUGGAGUGAAGAGCCUGGAGAUUUCCUCAUCUGUGCCCAUUUCACAGUCCACUGAGAUGGGCUACCUGAAUGUGACCUCACCUGUGGCUCCCAACAGCAGGUUAGAGCAGGAAGAGAGUCUCAGUGCCACAAGCGAUGAGGCCUGAGCGAGUUACGAUGACUGUGAAAUGCCAUUACAAGGUUUGCCAAUCUGCAAAGUCACUGGAUCAAUCAAGGCUUAAAAAUAAGUGAACUGUAAAUGGGUAGAACACAGACAAAAGGGUUUUUUGUGGCACUGUGACAGUCUUAUAUCAUGUUUGGUCUCGAUUUAAUUGAUUUUAAAGCAAAUGGGAAAAGCUGGAUUAUUGCUUGGGUGCAUAUCACACCUGGGUUGAAUUUAGUUGCAUUGCCUUUGUGGCUCACAGACUAGAAGGCCUGAGAUUUUAUAUCAUCCACAAACACGUUGUCACAUCUAUAAGAUGCCAUAUGAAUUUUUUUAUACGUUUACCCUAUAAUGGUACGACUAUGGAGAAGCACUUAAAGCACUAUUAAUUUGAUGUUCAGAUGGUACAAUCUACAGGUGUUUACAACUGAAAUGCACUAUUGCCUAUGGAUAAGCGGUGAGUAUUUGAAAUCAAGUUGAUAUUUCAGUUGAUAUAUUUGUUUGUAUGUUUUAGUGAGAUUUGGUGUAAAUGCCACUUGAUACAUGUAGAAACUCUUACAUGUGUCAGUAGACCUUUUCCUGUGCUAGUUUUGGGUGAAAAAAAGGUAAAAUGUUACAUGGAGAUGAGAUUACUACACUCUUUAUAGAUAAAAGUAUGUACACUACUGUUCAAACAAUUUUUUUUUUUUUGUUGUUUUUUGAAAGAAAUUAACACUUUAAUUCAGCAGGGAUGCUUUAAAUUGAUCAAAAAGUAACAGUAAAGAGAUAAAUUGUUACAAGAUUUCAGACAAAUGCUGUUCUUUUGAACAUUCUAUUAAUCAGAUCCUGAUUAAAAUGCACAGGUAUCCACAAGGUAUGGUUUCCACAAAAAUAUUAACCAGCGCAACUGUUUUCAAUAAUAAGAAAUGUUUCAGAUUCUGACAAACAGCAACAGACAUGUUUGUCAGGUUUUGUCAGAUCAGUGCGUUACUCGUCUGCAUCUAUCCACCCUAUUUUUGCUGUAAAUGUGGGCGUGGCCAUUUGUAAAUUUUAUGGGUCGGACUUCCGAUACAAAACAGCUCGUUUUGCUGCUUAAUAUUGCAAACUGGUGUGUCGUACCAUAUUAUUUUAAUGUAUUAUCUUAAUUAUGAACACAAUGGUUUGUAGUGCAAACAGUUUUACAGUUUAGUGCACGUUGUUAUUCUUCUCGUUAUUUCCCUAUAGCGGCUGAUGUACUGGAAGUCUUGCCCAUUGGCUUACUUCAGCGUUGAAGAAUAAGGUGGAUAGGUGCAGUGUAAAUUGACCUUGAAUGGUAGUGUACAUUUGUGAGACAGAGUUCACUGUGUAAAGACAAACGCUAUAAAAGCUUGCUGUAUAUCAUCUUUUUAAAGGUUAUUUAGCGUGACUCACACAUUCACUAUAUUUUUUUUCCAUUGAGGGGGCAGAAACUACAGCCAGUGUCAAAAUAUUUAUUUAGGCCUUACUUGUGUGUAGUAUAUGCUUAAAGUACAAAUGUAAACAAUGUGGUUGAUGAAUAAUUUAUCCUGGAAAAAGGUUGAUCUCCUGGUAUUAGGUUCCACUGAAAAACAAAAAUUUGGCUGCUGACAAGAAAACAGACCUGGUAGCAUUAUCAGCCUUACGGUAUUGUUGUUUACUUAUGGAAUGGGGUGAAAUGAGUUUUAUAGAUUUUUUUUUUAUAUAUAUAUAUAUUUUGUACAUAGUCCUCAGAGACUAAAUGACCUGUGAUCUGGGAGCGAAGUCAUCUGACAGAGGAAAACUGUUGUAUCACUUUAAACCAGGGGUGCCCAAACUCGGCCCUGGAGGCCCAGUGUCCUACAGAGUUUAGCUCCAACCCCAAUUAGACACACCAGAACCAGCUAAUCAAGCUCUUACUUGGCAUACUAGAAACUUCCCGUCAGGUGUGUUGAUGCAGGUUGAAUCUAAACUCUGCGGGACACCGGCCCUUCGGGACCAAGUUUGGGCACCCCUGCUUUAAACCAAGUGGUGCUCACUGCAGAGCCAAAUGAUAUCCAGCUCCACAACUGUGGACCGAAAGGGAUAAGGUGUGGCUAGAUUGGCAAGCCCCGCCCACUGUGUUGAGAGAGGAGGGGCUAGACUUCAAGCUCCACCCACUGACUCUGCAGUAAGCAGCCUCUGUUUUGAACUGUGGCAAAAGGAUCAAGAUCCUGCAGUUGUGCCUGUACAUUAUGAGAGCAUCGUACAUUGUGUCCUGCUGCUAUAUGAUAUUAGGAUGCAACUUUAACAAAAUAUUAACAUAGGGCUCAUGUCAAUUAAACUGCAGAAGACGUCAGUGUACACGCUACACAAAGCAUGUAUUUUCUUAAUAAACCUAUUUUAAUGAUA